GCGGCGGAGGAGCGCUGGCGGGGCCUGGCCGGGCCGGGUCGGAGCGUCUCCUUGUCGGGCCGCAGCGGGGGCAGGCGGCGCCGAGCCGGCCGCGGCGGCCGCAGGUGGAUGCCCGCCGCCCGGCAUGGAGCAGGCCUGCGAAGUGAGCCGCCGCAGCUGCCUCGUCCCGUUCGGCACCUCGCUGCCGGCCGCCGAGCACAAGGGCGGCCCGUUCGGCGAGCCCCGCGGUGCCGAGCCGCCCUCCAUGCAGCUGGCGGCCGCCAAGCCCGGCUACGGGCAGGACCCGUCCUCCUGCUACAUCCCGCUGCGCCGGCUGCAGGACCUGGCCUCCAUGAUCAGCGCCGAGUACCUCGGCGGAGCCGCCGACGGCGCCGAGGCCCUGCCCGACCCCGGCUCGCCGCCCCCCCGCGCCCCCGCAACGCAGGAGCCGCCGGGCGGAGCCGGCCCUGAGCCCGCCGCGCUGGGCUUCCCAAUGCUGCUGCGGGACGGGGGGGACGAGGACGACGAGGAGGAGGAGGAGGAAGAGGAGGAGGAGGAGGAGGAGGGCAACGAGACACCGGAGGAGGAGGAGGACGACGAGGACGACGAAGAGGACGACGACGAGGAGCACGAGCAGAACCGCGGGGCCGGCAGCCCGGAGCCGCCCCGCCUGCAGUUGGCGGAGCUGCCCGGCUCGGACGGCGGCCCCGGAGAGAACGCGGAGCCCUCGGGCAGCGCCGCGGCCGCGCUGCAGCUCAUCCGAGCCAAGAAGAAACCUACUCCAGUGAAGUAUGAAGUUGGGGAUCUUGUUUGGGCCAAGUUCAACAGACGCCCGUGGUGGCCAUGCACAGUUUGUCAUGACCCAGUGCUGGACUGUCACUCAAAAAUGAAAGUUUCCAAUCGGAGGCCAUACCGAGAGUACUACGUGGAUGCCUUAGGAGAGCCUUCAGAGAAAGCCUGGGUUUCUGGAAAAGCUAUUGUUCUGUUUGAAGGAAGACAUCAGUUUGAAGAGCUGCCCAUUCUUCGGAGAAGAGGAAAGCAAAAGGAAAAAGGCUACAAACAUAAGGUUCCCCAGAGGUUUAUGGCUAAAUGGGAAGUCAGUGUUGGACAGGCAGAAGACAUGCUUCUCGGGGGGCCAGAGGAUCAAAAGUGCAGCCAGAACUCCAGCGAGCUGGACAGCGAGAAGGAAGUGCAGUCGGAAUACUAUUCCAAUGGCCCCGGAGCCAAAAAGGACAUGCAGCUGAACGGCUGUUUUAAAUCUUUGGCAUUUGACUCCAAACACUCAGCCAAUGAAAAAGGAAAAUCGCACAUUAAGCCACACGUGAAAAAGAGCUCAGAGAGCAGAAAAAGGACUAGAGUAAAAAAGAGUGGCACGAGAGAAGAAGCUUCCAGGGGAGAAAUCAAAGAAACACCAGAGAGCAUAGUUAACAAUGUGAUUGUCGGGGACCUACCGGAGAAAAACGCAUCUCAUGAACUUCGCCGGAUUGCAAAGAGCAUAACAGCAUCCAACAGCACCAGGGAAAACCAUUUGCUUUCCUCCUUUGGAGAAAGACGUUUUGAAAAUCUAACUUUAAAGUCGGACUAUGGGAGUCAUAAAAGUGAUGCCCUGAAGAACACACUCCAAGGGGAUUUGUUUUCCAGCGCAUCUUUGGAGAGAGAGAAAAGCUCCCUGGGCAUUCUGUGCAGUUCCAAGUUACAAAUACACUAUUCUGCAUCUGAGGCUGGUGCUGAGAAAAAGCAAACCGAAUCGGAUUCAUCCUCUUCCCUCUCAGAUGGUGGGAACAGUGAUAUAGAUACCAUGGACCAAAGUUCAGAGAGAGCCUCUAGCACUCUUGAAGUUAGUGAUUCUUCAGAUAAAAUGGAGAAGGAAUUUCCGAUGACGUCAAGUGGAAACAUUAAGCUUUCCAUGUAUUUUUCCCAGAAAAGCAGCAGAAGGGCCAGGAAGAAGUCAUACAGAGAUCACAAACCUCUGGGGGGUUCGGUAACCAGCAGACUCGAUGCUGAAUUUGCACACAGGGAACUUGAAGGAGGCUCCUCUGAUGCUGAGACGUCAUUGACAGCUCUUGAAUGCUCUUCAGAUGUGAGAAAUGACAAUCUUUCCCUAGCAAACAAGCACGCUACUCCCCAAAGUGUUUCCAAGGACAGCUCCUGGUCUGCUGUUGCAAAUCAAACAACCUUAAAACUGAAAAACAUGAAGUUGCCUCGGAUCAGGAGUAUAAAAUGCAAACAUAAAGAAAAGGUUGCUGGGUUGGAGCCUUCUCUUGCAGAAGAGGAGGGUGUUGUGAAUCGCUGUUCUUCUGAUACCAAAGGUUUCUCUGGCCUUCAGAGAGAUUCUCUUCAGAGAAGCGGAAAAGUUGAUGGUCAGAAACUGUUAAACAAUAUGCAUGAGAAACCCAGGGAUUCUGCUGAAAUAGAAACGGCCGUGGUGAAACACGUCUUGUCAGAGCUGAAGGAGCUCUCGUAUCGAUCCAUGAACGAUGAUGUCGGUGACUCUGGCACUCCAAAGGCCACAGUGCCCUUACUUUUCUCUUCCGCCUCUGGUCAUGGUCGUUUGCCUAUUGAGCCAAAUUACAGAUUCAGCACCUUGUUAAUGAUGUUGAAGGACAUUCAUGACAGUAAAGCGAAAGAGCAGCAACUGAUGACUGGCCAGAAUAUAGUCCCGUAUCGAAAUACCGGCACAGCCGAUGGUUCUGGAGGCAAUUCUGCGAGCGGCCUGACAUCCCUGUCUAUCGUAGGUCCCCCAUUUAAAAUAGAAAAGAAUGGAGAUUGUGCCCAGGAAACAGUCAAUCCGAACUCCUCCACUAUAAGCAACUCCUCAUUUUCACGCAAUCCUCCAACCAAGUUACCGGGGACUGGUGCUAGUAAAAGGGAGCCCGCCAAUACCGCUGUUUCUGGGACAAAUGGCACGAAUUGUGUGCCCAAACGCAACUGUUCAAAAUCUAAGCAGUCAUCAAAGCUUGGAGAUAAAACAGUUUCAAACAGAAAGGACUUAAAACCAGGAGGGCCAAGUAAGUUCUUAAGUCGGUUAUCCAGAGAUUCAGGAGAACAUGCAUUCCGCGUGCACGGUUCGGUUACCAGUCCUCUAGGUAAUGAAGCAGAAGAUACUGGGAGGAAAGAGUUUAUUGAUUUAACAGAACAUUCAACUGAUGAAGACUCUGCUUGUUUAUCUGAUGACAAUUUAGGUCGUAUUGGAAGGAGACCCGAAGCUGGUAGAAAUACUGAGAGAUGCACUUCUGCUGCAAAUGGGGAGAGUCCAGACUUGGAUUCAGAGGCAAAUAGUGAGAGCUCUCUUGGUGAUGAGGCUAAUGAUGUAAAUCACGUAGCACCUAAAAAGCGAUGGCAGCGUUUUAACCAAAGCAGUGCUAGAUCUAAUAAGCGCAUCAGUAGAUCUAGGGAAAAAGGAAACUUGGAGAGUGCCUUUGGCCUGAAUUCUCAUGGCUUUUCACUGAAGGGAAAUGAGUGCUUGGGACGUAGGCAUUCCCCUCAUUCAAAGGUGCUUGAGGCAGACCUAACAGUUCAGGACUAUGAGAAUCAUUUAGACUUAGCUAAGAAACGUUUGAAUGUAUGUGGUAAGCCAAACAACAGUGUGAUGGACUCAGAAACAAAGCUUGGCAACUUUGCUCCCCAGUCUGAAUUCUCUGCACAAGUACAUUCAGAGAGGAAACGCCUUAGAAAGCCAAGUAAACGGCUUCUGGAAUAUGCAGAAGAAUAUGAUCAUUUAUUUGCACCCAAGAAAAAGUCAAGGAAAAGCCAGGAGCAAUUGCAAAAGGUGAAUUCUGUGGCAAGGUCUGGAUUUGAAGGAGGUCUUCCUGCACAGCGCAACCCUGACAGAGAGACACAGCGGGGGCCCAGUCCUUUGGUUCCAACACCAUUUUCAACCAAAGAGUCCCCUCCCAUCCUUGAAGCCGAGUGCUCCUUCUCAGAAAUAGAGCCCCACGCCUCUGAUCCCAGUGAGCAGCUCAUAGAAGGACAGUCUGAUUUCCCAGAGCUCGUGCUGUCUUCCUCUGAUGUUUCUGAAGUUUCUGCUUCUCCGGAUGCAGAGGAGAGAUUCCUGAAAUCAGGAAACUUUGAGAGCAAGCGACAAAGGAAGCCCACUAAGAAGCUCUUGGAAUCCAAUGAUUUGGACACUGCCUUUAUGCCAAAGAAGGAGGAGUGGACUCCCCCAAAGAAGGGCACUGGCCCUUCAGAGAGCGACAGCUCGGAGCUGUACUCACCAGCCCACUUCCCAGACCUGGGAGAAGCUUCUGAAAAGCUCUUGGAGAAGCAGCGCAAACGGAAGAGACCACGCCAUUCCUCUGCUGCAAUACAUUCCAAGAAGGAGAAAAAUGGGGAGAGGCUGGGGGGGACCCCACGCUCUGAGGGGGAGACUUUGGUUCGUGGGACUUCUACAAGCCCCAAAGGGGGACACGAAGAGGGGUCUGAGAAUGACCAUGGAGUGCCUUCGUCCAAAAAGAUCCAGGGGGAGCGUGGAGGAGGAGCAGCUCUCAAGGAGAACGUGUGUCAGAUCUGCGAGAAGCCGGGGGAAUUGCUGCUGUGCGAAGCUCAGUGCUGUGGUGCUUUCCACCUGCAGUGCCUUGGGCUCUCUGAGAUGCCAACAGGCAAAUUCAUCUGCAAUGAGUGUUCCACAGGAGUCCAUACCUGCUUUGUGUGCAAGAGCUGCGGGCAAGAUGUGAAACGGUGCUUGCUACCCCUUUGUGGGAAAUAUUACCAUGAAGAGUGCAUACAGAAGUACCCACCCACGGUGACGCAGAACAAGGGCUUCCGAUGCUCUCUGCACAUAUGCAUGACUUGUCAUGCUGCUAACCCAACAAACAUCUCUGCAUCUAAAGGUCGCUUGAUGCGCUGCGUGCGCUGUCCUGUCGCUUACCACUCCAAUGACUUUUGCCUCGCUGCUGGCUCUGUGGUCCUCGCCUCCAACAGUAUCAUCUGUCCCAAUCACUUCACUGCACGAAGGGGCUGCCGCAACCAUGAGCACGUCAACGUCAGCUGGUGCUUUGUCUGCUCGGAAGGGGGCAGCCUUUUAUGCUGCGAGUCGUGCCCGGCUGCGUUUCACCGUGAGUGUCUAAACAUUGAGAUGCCAGAGGGAAGCUGGUAUUGCAAUGAUUGCAAGGCAGGCAAAAAGCCACACUACAAGGAAGUCGUCUGGGUGAAAGUCGGGCGCUACAGGUGGUGGCCAGCUGAGAUCUGCCAUCCCAGAACAAUUCCUGUCAACAUCCAGAAAAUGAAACACGACAUCGGCGAGUUCCCUGUGCUGUUCUUUGGCUCCAAAGAUUAUCUGUGGACCCACCAGGCCCGUGUGUUCCCAUACAUGGAAGGUGAUGUCAGCAGCAAAGACAAGAUGGGGAAGGGCGUAGAUGGCAUAUACAAGAAAGCUCUUCAUGAAGCUGCGGUAAGGUUUGAAGAACUGAAGGCACAGAAGGAACUGAGACAGCUUCAGGAAGACAAGAAGAAUGACAAGAAACCUCCCCCCUACAAACACAUCAAGGUGAACCGGCCGGUGGGCAAAGUGCAGAUAUAUACUGCUGACAUUUCUGAGAUUCCCAAGUGCAACUGCAAACCCACAGAUGAAAACCCUUGUGGCCUGGACUCCGAAUGCAUCAAUCGUAUGUUGCUCUAUGAGUGCCACCCCCUGGUCUGCCCUGCAGGAGAGCGCUGUCAGAACCAGUGCUUCUCCAAGCGCCAGUAUCCCGAGGUGCAGAUCUUCCGCACGCUGGCACGAGGCUGGGGCUUACAGGCCAAAACAGACAUCAGAAAGGGUGAAUUUGUUAAUGAAUAUGUUGGGGAGCUAAUUGAUGAAGAGGAGUGCCGAGCCCGAAUCCGUUAUGCCCAGGAGCAUGAUAUCACCAAUUUCUACAUGUUGACACUGGAUAAGGAUCGAAUCAUUGAUGCUGGUCCAAAGGGCAAUUACGCUCGGUUCAUGAACCACUGCUGCCAGCCGAACUGUGAGACUCAGAAAUGGUGUGUGAACGGUGAUACUCGGGUUGGGCUCUUCGCAAUUGUAAAUAUCAAAGCUGGGACUGAGCUGACUUUCAACUACAAUCUGGAGUGUUUGGGAAACGGAAAGACAGUUUGCAAAUGUGGUGCUCCAAAUUGCAGUGGCUUCCUAGGAGUGCGACCAAAGAGCCAGCCCACCCUCAGCGAGGAGAAGUCCAAGAAGCUGAAGAGAAGGCCACAGAUGAAACGCAGGUCGCAGGCAGAGGUGAUGAAGGAGCGGGAGGAUGAGUGCUUCAGCUGCGGGGAUGGAGGGCAGCUGGUUUCCUGCAAGAAGGCGGGCUGCCCCAAGGUGUACCAUGCUGACUGCCUCAACCUGACCAAGAGGCCCGCAGGAAAAUGGGAGUGCCCAUGGCAUCAGUGUGAUAUGUGCGGUAAGGAAGCAGCUUCCUUCUGUGAGAUGUGCCCCAGAUCCUUCUGCAAGCAGCACCGGGAAGGCAUGCUCUUCAUCUCCAAGCUGGACGGACGUUUAAGCUGCACAGAGCAUGAUCCCUGUGGGCCUAACCCUCUGGAGCCAGGAGAAAUCCGUGAGUAUGCCCCUCCCAUGGGAGCACUGACUAACGGCGAGGACACCCAGCCACCAGAGCAGCCGCCCACAGAUACAGACCCGAGUAUUCAGCCUUUGGACAGGCUGCCUCAGUCUGUGGCCUUCAAACUGCAGUCACCAGAAAAGCCCCCCGCAACACUAGCGCUGAGGCUGCCACCGUCAGAAAAGCCCCCCACCACCUUAGCCUUGAGGGUGCAGCCCUCAAACAAGCCCCCCACCACCCUGGCCCUGAGACUGCCUCCACCAGACAAACCACCUGCUGCCCUGGCACUGAGGCUGCCACCGUCAAAUAAACCCCCUACUACCUUGUCCCUGAGGCUGAAGCCUUCCAACAAACCCCCCACCACCCUGUCGCUCCGGCUGCAGCCUUCGGACAAACCUCCCACCACGCUGUCACUCCGCCUGCAGCCGUCAGACAGGCCCCAGGCUGCCCUGUCCCUAAGGCUGCAGCCGGAGAAGCAGCCCAUCAUUCUAGCGCUGAAGCCUGAGCAGCCUGACAAGCCUCCCUCCAAUGCGGUGCUGUGGCCGAUGGAUGAGUCUUCUGGCGAUGCCUCGGAGCCUCAUCUGCAGAGCAAAUCUCCUCCAGGAACUCCGCAUUCAUUGGACGGGUCGCUGGUUCCUGGUGGUGCCCUGCUCCAGCUGUCGGAUGAGCCUCCUGCCAUCGCUGAAGUUCUGGAGCUUUCGGACAAGUCUCUCAUGGACACUGAGACCCAGGAGAUAGAGCUGCUGGAUGAGUUUCCAGCAAAAUGCCUGCAUCCACAGUUGUCGGACAGACUUCUUGCCACGGCAGGGACCCUGCAGUCCCAGCCGGUGGAUGAGCCUCCUGUGGCCGAGCAGCCCCAGCUGCUGAGCAAAGCUUCUGCCCAGAGUCCGCAGCCUCAGCCCAUGGAAGAGUCUCCCAGCUCUGCAAUGCCGCACAUCCCAGCAUCAGAGGAGAUUCUCAGCCCCGAUGUUGAGGUGCUGUGGCCUCUGCCCAUUGAAGAUGUCCCCAGCUCCCCAGUGUCUCGAAUCCUGCCCAUGGAGAAGGCUCCUGGAUUAGGUGUGUUACAACUCCCACCUCCAGAGAAAGCUUCCUUCUCCGGGGCAGUGCGAGUCUCAGCCAUGGAGAAGGCUCCCAGCUCUGGGGCACACCUUGCCUUCGCUCCAGAGAAGGCUCCUGCCUCAGGAAUGUCACGGAUCCUGCCCACAGACAAGGCUCCCAGCUUAGGGGUGUCGUGGCCGCUGCCUCUGGAGAAGGCCCAUGGCUCCCGGUCACCGCACAUCCUGCCCGCAGACAAGGCUCUGGGCUCGGGGGCUCUGCGGAUCCCACUGAUGCAGAAGGUUCUCAGUCCUGGUGUGCUGCGGCCGCUGCCUCUGGAGAAGGCUGCCGAUGGCGGGACCCUGCGGCCCCUGCCUCUAGAGAAGGCGCUUGGCUCCGGGGUGGCUCGGCCUCAGCUCUUGGAGAGGCCUCCAUCUCUUACAGCCACGUGGCCUCAGGCAUCAGACAAGCUGGCCGCUGCUGUGGCUCCUCGGCCUCAAGUGUUGGACAAACCCCCGGCUGCCUCGGCUCCGAGGCUGCUGCUCUCUGAGAAGGCACUGCGGCCUGUCGACCAGAACGCCCAGCCCAAGGAGAGGGGAGCCCCUGCUGCAGAGCUGAGCCCUCAGCAGAAGGAGAGGACCAUGUUAGCUGGUGAGCAGAUCUCUUGGUCUGCUGGAAAGGUGGUGACGCACGUUGGACAGGUACCUUGGCCCACAGAGAAACUACAGACACACGAGCAAACCCAUUGGCCCACUGCAAAAGCCCUGACACCUGCAGAGCAGUCUCCCCGGACAGCAGAGAAGCUACCGGAGCCAACUCUUCAGCCUAGCUGGGAAGUGGCCUCGGUCCCCACAGAGCAAACCCCUUGGACAUCAGAGAGAUUGCGCGUGUUUGAGCAGACUCCGCGGCCUGCCAGGGAAGCCCCAUUGCCCCAGGAGCAGACGCAGUGGAUUGUCACAAACGCUCAGACAAUUGAGCAGAUUUCUUGGCUGUCUGGAAAAGUACAUAUUCCUCGGGGGCAGGACCCUUUGCCUGAACAAAACACAGCGCUAGCUCAUAACCAGGAUUCUGUCUGUCACGAAUUGGCCGACUCAGAGCCAAAGUGAUGUUGGUGAACGUGGGAGGCAGGUUCCAGUCUUUUAAUGUUUAGGGAGGGGAAAAAUUCUUUGUUUCGUUUUUUUAAUCACUUCCCUGAGCCCAGCCCCUAACCCGUGCACAUCCCAUCCGUAUUCUCUCAUGAUGUGAGCAAGGACAUUCACUUAAGUCUCAGUGUGGCCCAGCCAAAGGGAGAGAGCAUCCGUGACCUUUUCCUCUUCCUUUUGCAAAUGGUAAAGCUGAAAUAAAGAGUCCACUCUGGGUAAAAUCUCAAAUUCCACUGAAAUGGUCACGUUACUGAUCCAGCGUGUUCAAGCUCCAGGUCCAAUUCAUAGGCAGGUUCCCCAGAACAGUGAGGGGCCUCGCUCUUGUUGCUUAGAGGAAGCAGAUCAGUGAGGCUGCCCUGGGGUCGGAGAUGCCGCAGGGGUUGGUGAGCAGCCACGUGUGCUCUUGCCAGGCUCUGUAGAAGCAGGGACGAGGUUUAUCUGAUGUCUGCCCUGCAGGGUUUUGCCGUGUGAGGUUUGUCCCUGUGUUCUCUGGGCUGUGCCACGUGCAUGGUACGCUGAAGGACAAGCAUCGUCUCCAACUGAGCUAGGAGAGGAGCCUGCUGCACCUGCUGAGAGGUGUGUUCUCCAGCAGUGUGCAAUAUCCACAUAGGCUCCAUUACACAACUGCCCAGGUCCAAGAAACAGGUAAUCUGAAGGAAAUUAGGGAGAAAUCUUGGAAGGAGCCAUCUGGCAGUUUUUUCCUUCUCGUGUCUUAACCCCUUCGCACAGGGCAUGCAGAGUGUUCCCUGCACUUGGCAAACAUUGUGAUCUAUGAAGCUGCAGCAGUCAGGCAGAGCCAAUUCCCUGCACGACCCGCGCAGGUGCUGCUGCUCCCUCUGCAAUUUCCAUCCACUCUCUUCUCGACUGGUCACCGUCAUUCAGCAGAUUUCAGUCUUCUCUCCCCUCGGCUCAGAUGCGUUCAGGAGGUGUUUGCAUCGCGUUAGGUCUUCCAGCAGCACGAUGCGCUGUGGAGCUGCGAGUGAAGCCUGUGCUGUUUGCUGUGCAGCACAGAGGCGAAGGGGCCGUGUCCGUACCGGGAUCCACCUCAACACCUUCCGCUGGGUGACUUCUGGCUUAACUCGCCUACAACCAAAGGAGACUUGAAUUAACUGGAUUAUGUUGGUGUGUGUGUGUAUGUGUGUGCGUGUGUCCUUCCAACCCAAUCGUAGUUCUCACACUGGAACGCAGUGGGCUCUAGCAGCUGGCUGGUUUGCUUUUUAGCUCUUCUUCCUUCUCCAGCUGAGCUGUUUUGUCACCUGGUGGGUGCCCAGACUAGGCCUGCUCAUCCUGUGUGCCCUCCUGCUCUCGCAACACCCGACCUCUGAUAUGCCUGAGCUUUGCUGGUCGGGUAUCACCACCGUAGCUCUCUGUGCCCACCACUGCCCCAGUGGAUCCUCCUCAGUGGUGCAGAUCUGCAGGGCGCUCAGGAAGGAAGGCUUCAGCUCCGGGCUGACCCUUUCCCACUGACGUGGAAGCAGGUCUUUGGUCACUCUUGGUGUGCAGGUGCUUGCUGCUCCCAGAGCAUGCGGUCACGAGCUUUGCAGUUUUCUUUGAGGGGAGGCAGACACUUGUACCCAGACAAAUCCUGAUCCAUCCUCCUUUCCUGAUGCUUGCACCCCACGGCAACGUCCUGCCACAAAGGCCAGGCGUACUGAGUAGAAUGGGACAUUGCCGGUGAGUGGUGCAUCUCUUCUCCAGUCCGAAUCAUUUCAGAUCCUUUAUAGAAUAGCUAGCGACUUCAAAAAGCUUUAUAGCUUAUGGAAACUUAAUGUUUAAUGAUGGUUUUUUUUCCGGGAAGACUGGCAGGUCCAUUCCUGCUUGCUGCUGAAACGGGAAAUGCGAGCAGCUCGUGUUUCUGCACGACUCCUGCACAAAGGGAAUCAGGACAGCUCCUCAGAGCCAUUGAGAGAGAAGAUAAUCUAAGGGCAUUUAACUUUUCUAAGCAGAAUCACAAAUGGUCACGAGGAUAAGCGUAUUAAGUAUUUAUCAUGUGUGAGAAGGAAAAUAAAUCUUGAAUUCUCAUUUAUAGGCCUUCCCAUGAGCUGGACGUAGUCAUGUAGAUUGUGUAAGUAGGGUUACCUCCGUGCCAGCCGCCCCGCCAGCUCCAGCUGUAACCACGCAGGUAUCUGCACUGCUCUGUCCGACUCCGCUUUGCUUUGUCACGUGUUAACUAGUUAUUUGUUUCCUGAAAAAUAAACUGUGAAUAUUUUUGGUGCAGGCUUUCUUAAAUCUGUACAAUGGAGGAGUUCUCCGUGAGUUCUCACAAGCGCAGGUUUGAAAAGAAUCGCUGCUGUGAAUCGUGUGCUCCAGUAACAGGGUGAGGUCUGCGGCAGCAGAACCUUCCCCACAGCGAGCAGUUCUCUACGAGCUUUGUUUUCAGCAAUGAACGCAGACUGAACUGUUGCAUGGCGUUUCGAACCCAAGGCCUUACUCCUUGCAGCAGGCUGUUACCCUGCCUCUCUUCUUCUCUCCCUUAAUGCCUUUUCCGCGAAGAUCCAAGCUCCCACCUUGCUCACUCCCAGCUACAUCAGAACGUUGACUUCGGUGAGCUGCCCUUCCCUCCCAGCCCAGAUGGGUGAUGCCGUCAGAUCAGGAGAGCUUCUCAGACAUCCACAGGGCUCUGAGUGUUCCUGCUUUUGGGAGUGACUGUGCUGAGUCACCCCAUAAAAUAUCCUGACCAAGCAUGGGGAAAGAAAGGUCCCCUGCUGCUCCUGGCCUGCCCUCACCUGGAGGUGGUAGGAGGAGGUGGUUGGUAGGAGGAGGUGCCUUUUGCUCGUGGUGGCUGGUAGCACAGCUUUGGAGGCAUGUACAGAAGCAGCUGGGUUAAUUUCCUGCAGCUCUUUGCUGCCUUGCAGGGUUUAGUCAAUUUGAAUCAUGGGGUUUGGUUAACGUAGAGGUGAGCAGCAGAUAACACAAGCCCCUGCUUGUGCAGGGGGGAUGGCUGAGGGCCUGCUCCUGCCUCCCGUGAUGGUGCAGGUGGAGGUUGGUGGCUUUGCUGCAGCGUGGCAGCUCCUGUGCUGUGACAACAGCACUUCUUGUAGUGAGAGAUCUGGUCACGGGGUGAAUCCGGGGCAACUUCUGCUUCUGUGUUCCAAGAUGCUCCUGGAGCUCCCAUAGCAGCAGUGUGCUUGUAGGUCUGGUCUCACUUCCCAUUGCACAAGGGGCUGGAAUCUUUGACAGCUCUGCAUGUGCUUUGCCUGUGUGCUUGUUGGUGGGCUGGGCUGCCCCUGCUCCAAGCAGCACAUUGGGGUUAGCUGCUCUGGCCUUAGUCUCACAGCAUGACCCCCCUUCAGUGCCCCGCAGUGGGCGCCUUGGCUGGUGGAGGAGCUUAUGUAGGCAGGAUCCAGCUGCUGAUGUGCUGGAGGCAGCGACCAACCUCCUGCUGGACUCAGCCCUUGCUCUGCAGGUCAUGGGGCUGCACUAUCAGCCAGGGCUCUGCUGAAGCUGGUGGGAAAGCGAUGCCACAAAGGGUCACCCACACCACCAUCCAGUGCCUGCUGGCUCACAGUAGCAUUCCUUAUUGCUGUUCUCAGCUAUUAAAACAAAACAAGACCAGAAUGACUUCCAUGCACAAACCAUCCAGCUCGUACUGGGGGGUGCUUGUGUUACGAUGCAGCCCCAGGCAAAGCUUUACAGUGUGCCCACUGAAUGUGGGAGAUGAGACGUGAUCUAAGCUUCAGGACAGUCCUGUAUGGAGGUGAGGAGAUGUGGAUCAGGGCGCUGGGAGAGCUGAGAACUGCAGCCGCGUUUCAUGGGGGGGAAUAGAAUGAACAAGCAGAGCUAAAGGUGAUGCCUCGUCAGCUGCUUUAACCCCAGUGCACCGUGCUGUGCUGUGCUGUUGCCGGGUGCUGUUGUGGUGUUACAGCGCAGUGUUGUGUGAGCAACCUCAGACCUUCAGCCCUUCGUUUAUGUUUCAUUUCAGCCUUAACUUCUGAUUUUGCUUGGUGUUUGCAAGACCCCUCAUUGUAACCUGCUUGCGAUGUGCUUUGCCCUAAAUUAACCACGAGUCUUUUCAGCCUUUGCCAGCGAGUGAAUGUUCAAGCAAAGCGGCAAAACGUGCAGCUGCUCUGAAAGGAAGCGAUGGAGGCGGCCGCCCGCGUCCGGUGAGCGUUUGUGCCGUGGUUUGGCUGCCUGGGCUCUGUGCCGGUCGCUCCUGCAGCACGGAUGUGGUGGGGGCUGCUGGGGGGCCGCGGGUUUGGGGACGUCCCUCCAACAGGGAUCCCAAGUGAGCUGAGGGCGGCGGGAUGGAGCGCGCCUGGGCUGGGGAAGUGGCAGUGAUGGACAGUCCCUACAGCACUGAAUCUACCUCCUAGGGAAAUCUGAGAAAUGGGUGUUGCGAUGUCCUAUUUCAAGGUAAAGUUUUAAUCAGUUUGCCCUUGGUUAAGCUCUGGGGCGAUCGUGGUGCUAUUGUAAAUCGUUCGGCAGCUUAGCACAGUAGGGCUGAACUCACGGCUCCCAGCUGGGGGGCUGUCGCUGGGCUUUGGUGUGCGUGACUGAAACGGGACAAGGCACGUCUCCUGUGCUGGGGGAGAACACGUUGCUCCCAAUGGUGGUGGCUCUAAGACUCGGUGGUGAUGGGCCCCGUGAGCGCAGGGAGCGAGUGGAGCCACGUGAAGCAGCUGGGCAUCACUCAGUGUGUGUUCUGUGUGUCCGUUUGGUACUGAGCUGGUUUCAGUUUUUGUUUUCCUGAUGUUUCUGAGUUGUUGACUUCAAGGAACGAACUGGCAUUUGUGGCGGUUUGGUUUGGUUUGUUAUUUUGUUUCUUUCUUUUUUUGUUUUAAGACACUGGGAACUUGUGAGAAAGGAGAAGCGGCAGCAGCACGGGGAGCUCAAAGGGAAGCUGGGCUGGAGCUGGGGGUGGCCCUGGCCAGUUGGGGGGGGAUGAGUGGCUGUGUCAGAUGCUGUGCCUGGUUCCGAGCAUCCUCUGCCAUCCAGUGGUGCUCUGGGUGGGGGUCCCAGGGAGCGUGGCCCCAUCCCAGCUCCAAGGGACACCCCAGGGCACGCAGAACCAAGGGAGGGGGUGCCUUGCAACCUAUCCCCUCCCUUGCUGCCAGAGAGGGUACAAAAGGACGUGGUGGGCUCAAGGCCGGGCUCUGCUGCCUGCAGGGUGCUGACGGACGGAGGUCUGUGGCCCUCAGACCCUGCUGAAGGGAGUAGUGGCUGCAGUGGGGGGUGCCCAUCUGAGGGGCUUUGGGGUCGCGUGGUCACACCGAGCUGUCUGGGUCUCAUGUGUCAGUUCUAAAUGGGAGUGCCAGAGCGGGUGAGAGAAACCUACAUAUUUCCAGCAUGUAUAUUAUUUUUAGAAGAGGGAGAGGGGAGAGUCUUGGACCAUUGAUUACUUUCAUUUUGCUCCCCUUAGACUGUUGGCUGUGUAUGUGAAACUUAUAAUGAAAAGAGGGUUGCCCUGCCCAAGGUGCUCCCAGAACAUGUACUGUAAUUCUUUGUAUAUAGAAGAAAAAAAUACUGUAAAGUAAAGUUUAACUUUACUCUCGA